UCCCGCCCCCAAACGCUUAGAUAACUUGGCUGUCUAGUUUAGCACUUUCCAGCAGGUUUGACAUUUGGAGUGAAGUUGAACUGCAAAGAUGGCGUUGAAAGCUGUUUGUGUCUUGAAAGGAGCCGGAGAGACCAGUGGGACUGUUUAUUUUGCACAGGAGGAAGAUUCAGCUACUGUUCACAUCACUGGAGAAAUCAAAGGUCUUGCUCCUGGUCAACACGGCUUCCAUGUCCAUGCUUUUGGGGACAACACAAACGGAUGCAUCAGUGCUGGUCCUCAUUUCAACCCCUACAAUAAGAAUCAUGCUGGCCCCAAUGAUAAGGAAAGGCACAUAGGAGACCUUGGCAAUGUGACCGCAGGGGCUGAUAACAUCGCUAAGAUUGACAUCACGGAUAAUGUCAUCUCUCUCAGGGGUCGCGACUCAAUCAUUGGAAGAACUAUGGUGAUACAUGAAGGGGUUGACGAUCUUGGAAAAGGAGGCAAUGAGGAAAGUUUAAAAACUGGCAACGCUGGAGGACGUUUGGCCUGUGGAGUCAUUGGCAUCACUCAGUGAACCAUCAGCUUUGAGAUUGAACAGACAGCACUUAAAUCCUCUUGUAUUUGACCAACGUAGCUACUUAAGAAGUUGUGUUCCUGAAAAACAAAAUGAGCUAUUCUUCAACAUGUUCAAAUGUUUGUUCAUACAAUUGUAUGUUGUUUUUUUUUUUGUAUUUUAGGCUCCAAAGAAACUGAGAUGUGCAAGUUGAAUACUAGUUUUACAAUCUGCAUCUAAUAAAGCAUUCUACCACAAAAACA